AUGUACACUGUCAAUGACCGUACAUUCGAAUUCGCAGAUUUAGAUUGUGAUCAUUUUUGUGAUCGCAAUAUAGAAUGUCUACAUCACCGGGAUGCGGUUCAGUCAAAAGUUACUGAUACCAUACAUUUGUUUAACAGAAGUUUUGUUGAGGCAAAUAGCAUAUCAAAAUUAUCAAUGAUUGAUAGUAUUUUCUGUAAUUUCGUGUUCAAAUAUAUUCGGUUGUCCCCACAUAAUUUAUUAUUGACUACUACUACUACUACUACUACUACUACUACUACUACUACUACAACUACUACUACUACCAAUACUACUACUACUACCAAUACUACUACUACUACUACUACUACUACUACUACUACUACUACUACUACUACUACUACUACCAAUACUACUACUACUACUACUACUACUACCAAUACUACUACUACUACUACUACUACUACUACUACCAAUACUACUACUACUACUACUACUACUACUACUACUACUACUACUACUACUACUACUACUACCAAUACUACUACUACUACUACUACUACUACUACUACCAAUACUACUACUACUACUACUACUACUACUACUACUACUACUACUACUACCAAUACUACUACUACUACUACUACUACUACUACUACUACUACUACUACUACUACCAAUACUACUACUACUACUACUACCAAUACUACUACUACUACUACCAAUACUACUACUACUACUACCAAUACUACUACUACUACUACUACUACUACUACUACUACUACUACUACUACUACUACUACUACUACCAAUACUACUACUACUACUACCAAUACUACUACUACUACUACUACUACUACUACUACUACUACCAAUACUACUACUACUACUACUACUACUACUACUACUACCAAUACUACUACUACUACUACUACUACUACUACUACUACCAAUACUACUACUACUACUACUACUACUACCAAUACUACUACUACUACUACUACUACUACUACUACUACUACCAAUACUACUACUACUACUACUACUACUACUACUACUACUACCAAUACUACUACUACUACUACUACUACCAAUACUACUACUACUACUACUACUACUACUACUACCAAUACUACUACUACUACUACUACUACUACUACUACCAAUACUACUACUACUACUACUACUACUACUACUACUACUACUACCAAUACUACUACUACUACUACUACUACUACUACUACUACUACUACUACUACCAAUACUACUACUACUACUACUACUACUACUACUACUACUACUACUACCAAUACUACUACUACUACUACUACUACUACUACUACCAAUACUACUACUACUACUACUACUACUACUACUACUACUACUACCAAUACUACUACUACUACUACUACUACUACUACUUCCAAUACUACUACUACUACUACUACUACUACUACUACCAAUACUACUACUACUACUACUACUACUACUACUACUUCCAAUACUACUACUACUACUACUACUACUACUACUACUACUACUACUACUACUACCAAUACUACUACUACUACUACUACUACUACUACUACUACUACUACUACUACUACCAAUACUACUACUACUACUACUACUACUACUACUACUACUACCAAUACUACUACUACUACUACUACUACUACCAAUACUACUACUACUACUACUACUACUACUACUACCAAUACUACUACUACUACUACUACUACUACUACUACUACUACUACUACUACUACUACUACUACUACUUAUUAUUAUAAUACUAAUACUACUAACAAUAAUAACGAUAAGUACAAUAACGCUGUCAUCAUGAUAAUAAUUAAUUAA